UGAACUUGCCGUGCUCUUGGAUAUGCUGCUUCAGGAAUCACAAGCAACCACCACCACCGUACUGCGGACGUCGCCGGAGAUCCGCCUGAACCGUCGGGGGAACGCCCCGAUGCGGUGCUGCCGUCGCAUAGCUGCUGCCGGCGCGCUGCUCGCCGCUCUGCUCUCGGCGCUCGCUGUCCGGUCGUCGCUGGCGGAGCGCCGGCGGCCGCUGCGGUUCGCGUCGGGCGGGUUCAAGGUGGCGCUCUUCGCCGACCUGCAUUACGGCGAGAACGCCUGGACGGACUGGGGCCCCGCGCAGGACGCCGGCUCCGACCGCGUCAUGGCCGCCGUCCUCGACGCCGAGAAGCCCGACUUCGUGGUGUACCUCGGCGAUCUUGUGACCGCGAACAACCUAGGGAUCCCCAACGCGAGCCUGUACUGGGACAGAGCGAUUUCCCCUACCAGAAGAAGGGGGAUUCCGUGGUCGACGGUGUUCGGCAACCACGACGACAUGGCGUUCGAGUGGCCUCCUGAGUGGUUCUCUCCUGCCGGCGUUCCACCGGUGCAGUGCCCACCACCGACGAGCAUGUCAAUUUCAGACUGCAGCUUCAGAGGAACACCGCGACAUGAACUGAUGACAGGCGAGAUUAUCCACAAUGGGUUGUCGUAUUCAUCAAAUGGCCCCAAGGACCUGUGGCCUGCUGUUUCAAACUAUGUCUUGCAGGUGUUAUCACAGAAGAAAGAUGAUCCGGUUCUGCUCAUGUAUUUUCUUGAUUCCGGUGGUGGAUCAUAUCCAGAAGUCAUAUCUAGUGCUCAGGUUCAGUGGUUUCAGAGUCAGUCUCAGUUCCUGAAUCCAAAUGGAAGGAUUCCAGAGAUAAUCUUUUGGCAUAUACCAAGUACAGCAUAUUCCAAGGUUGCUCCGAAAGCUAAGUCUGAAAUAAGAAAACCCUGUGUUGGCUCAAUCAACAAGGAAGAUGUAGCACCACAAGAAGCUGAAUGGGGCAUGAUGGAUGCUCUUGCCAAGAGGGCUUCAGUCAAGGCAGUGUUCGUUGGUCACAACCACGGCCUGGAUUGGUGCUGCCCACACGAGAAACUCUGGCUAUGUUUUGCACGGCACACAGGCUAUGGAGGAUACGGUAACUGGCCCAGAGGAGCAAGGGUUAUUCAGAUAUCUGAACAACCUUACUCGAUUCAGUCCUGGAUACGGAUGGAAAACGGGACAAAGCACAGUGAUAUUACCUUGAGCUAAGGGUCCGUUCGUUUUGAAGAAAAACCAAAGGAUUCAAUUACUAAUGACUGAAUUCUUUUGAAAGCUAUUCGGCUUGUAUGAAUGAAUCAUAGAAAAAUCAAAGAAAAUUUUUCCUUCCUACAAGACAUAGAGAAAGAGUAAUUUUAUCAUACUUAAAAAGGUACCAGAAGGUACCAC